ACAGGGUAAUACACGUUUUGCUUCUUUCUACUUUGAAAUCGUUGCAGCGUUGAUAUAGGUUUGACCAGCAAAAGGCUGGGCCGUUUUACAUUCAUGACUAAACAAAUGUAGCUUACUGAGUAUACAUUCGGUUUAACAUCGAACAUCGAUGCAUUUUGAUGUUUAAGUCCUAGAGUUAUUUUUAUGUGAGAUUGAAGUUUGUUAAUUGAGCCCUAGCUGAAGAACAGCCUGUGUCAAAGUUCAGUCUAAAAACGCGGGCGAGGAAGGGAACGCCAUUGUAGAAACGCCACAGGAAAGAUCUUAAGUAACAUUCAUAAACUAGUUGUUUUAAUGACAUUACAUUGAGUGUGCAUUAGCACAUAAAAUAUAAUUUUGCUCUUUUGGGUGUUAACUGCAGAUACAUAAGCGCAGUUGUAUCACUUAAGAAAAAAUAUCUUUGAUUUGGAAACAUAAAUAUAAAAUGGCCAACUAUAGAACCAAGUUGAGAGGGCUCGGAUGCCCUGAACUUGAUGUGAACUCUCUCAGAAAGAAGCGACUACAUGAGAAAGCACCUGCAAAGAAUGUCAAAAAGCCAAAGAAGUCAGAAGUGAACUAUUUACCUCCUCACCCACAAGGAGAAAUGGAAGAAAGUUUGGAAUAUGAAAGAGUGGAGCUCCUCAGUGAAGUGAGGAAGAGGGACAACUGUCAGAUCAUCAGUGAAAAAAUGGCGAAGACAUUCUCCAUUCGCAGGCAGGAAGUUGUCAAUCAAGCACCAAAAAUCAAUGACCUGAAAGAAAGAUGGCCUGCUCUUUUUGAUGCAGUUCAGAUAAACCAAGAAUUCAGAAGGAUCACCACUGUUAACCUGGAGACAACAUUCAUGGCAAAGCUGGACCAGUACUCUCAGAAAAUAACGUCCUUGCUGUCCUCAAGAGGAGGGGCUGCAAAAAUGCGCAUUCAGCGCAUCCAGAACAUGCUGCUAGAGGACGAUUCUGUGGAGAGAAGGCGAGAGGUCGCUAUCCGUGGCUUAGUGGUGUAUCUCAGGGAAAAGGAGGAGGAUCUCUUCAAAGAGCAGGAUGGUGGCGGGGAUAUUACCAAUGAAGUGAUGAAGAUUGUAACCAGAGGUGCCAUAACGUCUGAUCCAGCCAGCGCAAGGAUCAUACUUGAAGGAACAGAAGUCCUAGCAGACCUGGAUGUACCCAGAGCCUGUGCCUUGCUAAUGGGGCUGAUAUAUGCACUCAACCUCAGCUACCCAAAAGAACUGAAAAACACUUUUGAAGUGUUUCAAAAGAUAUUCCUCGAGCUGGAUGAUCUGAAAUCCAGUCCUAAGGUAAUGUCACUAAAAAGUAAACUGUUGUACUAAAAAAUGUGAAGAGUGAGGCUAUCCUCAAAUUAAACAGGAAAUGUUCCACUGUUGUUUGCAAUGUGUUGUGUUACAUACUGUACAGUAGGCAGUAGGUGUAAAGUUGAGAG